CCGGGUCUAGUACGUGAAAAAGCCCAAAAAGUCAAUAGACGGACCUUCCCAAGUAAUUAUAAAAAUAGCCGUUAAAAAAUCAAUUUAAAAACUUUAAAGUCCCUUAUUUAGCUUACACCUUUUUUCUGACCGUUUGAGAGUUUGAUACCUCCUCUAUCUAUCUCAUCCACAGCUCUCUCUCUCUCUCUCAAUCUAUGCUAUUCAGCUCUAAAACAGCAUAAGCAAUUUCAUGAAAAUGGAAGAAAGAGGGAAAAGAAGUGCAAAUUCUACUGAUGCAACUCGAUUUUCGAAUGUGUCCCAAGCAGUACCUGUUGAUGAUAACAGCCACAAAUUUCAGGUGGCAAGAACGCCAGCGAAAUCGACGAAGAUGAUGACAGCUCCUCCCUUCAGCCCUACUCUUAUCAGAGAAACCGUUAAGAAGGUGGAUCAAUGUAUGGCAAGAUUACAAGAACUUCAAUGUACAGUAACAGGAGGAAACAAAGUAGUUGCUGGUGUUAAACUUAGCCCUCGCAGUACCAAAGUUUACUUGAAGACUAGUCUUAGAUGCAAGCAAGAAUCUAUGAGAAUUAGAAAGAAUGCAUCAAAGAAAUCACCAGUUGCGAAAUUACCAGUAAGUGUGGCAGGGGAAUGGAGAAGAAUGUCAUUAUCAGCAAUGUUAGUAGGAGAAACAGUUGCAGAAAUCCUCCAAGCAAGUAAAGUCACAAGAGAAAUUAUGGGAAACUCUAAUAUUGAUGAUCCAAAAACUCCUUUGCCUAGGAAACAGAAACCAAAUUCAGAAAAGACCCCCCUCGAAACUCGAAGGAAGAGAGAAAAGCAGCAUCAGUUCCGGAUUAUUCGAGCAGAAUCAGGAACCCCGGCUCUUCGACGAGCUCGAUCCAAGAUCAAUUUCAAGGUUUCCCCUGAGAAAAGAUCAGUUGAGAGAAAAAACGAUGGGAAUAGUAGUAGCAUGAGGUAUAUGGCAAAUAGAGUAUCACCAAAGCAUAAACCUUGGGCUAAAAAGACCGUGCUUUUUCCAAAUCCUCUGUUUCAUUCAUCACCCCCUUCAAAAAAUCAGCAAUUUUGCAAGACUAAAUCUCCUUUAAUUUCUAAGAAGAAAGAAACUCCUCACAAGUUUUUGGUUAAGUCCCCUGUGAAAAUCAAAAGCCCACAUAAGGGUUUGAAUUCUUUUUCCCCUGCUACAAAGACUACACCUUUGAGUAGGAAAUCACCACCUAAGCCGUCUUCAUCAAUGGCAUCCAAGUGGAGGAGAUCGCUUUCGCCUUCAAGGUUGGCGAAUCGAUUGGUUUCUCCAUUGAAGGGGAGAAGGAUUUCCUUGAACAAUAGUAGUUCUGAUGAAUUGAUGAUGAAUGGGCGGAAACAGAGGCCCCCUCCUUUGAUGAUGAUGCCAAUGCGAUUCUCUGCUCCAAGACCUGUCAAGUUUGUUUCUCCUCAAAUUGCUGCAGUUGGUGGGUAGAAUUUCAGUUUUCGGGUUUCAAAGAGAAGCUUGUCUGUCCUCUUUUUACCCUGCCAUGUCUUUUAUAUAUGUACAUCAGAAGUCUCUGCUAUUAUAAUUAUAUUUUGAAUCUUGUUCAA